AUGAAUAGGCCAUUCAAAAGUAUUUUCUUUUUUAUCCGGAGAAUAACUUUUUCUUUGAUUUCGAUCAAAAACAAUCAAUGCAAAUUCCAUCACAGUUUUUCAUUAUCUAUCUAUCUAUCUAUCUAUCUAUCUAUCUAUCUAUCUAUCUAUCUAUCUAUCUAUCUAUCUAUCUUAGCUAUCUAUCUAUCUAUCUAUCUAUCUAUCUAUGACUCCAGAUUUCAUAACUUACCGAUGUUCAAUCAAUCAAUUUUUCUAUCUAUCUAUCUAUCUAUCUAUCUAUCUAUCUAUCUAUCUAUCUAUCUAUCUAUCUAUUUUCCCAUAUCUAUUGAAUGUAUUGAUAUCACGCUUUUUCUAUCUAUCUAUCUAUCUAUCUAUCUAUCUAUCUAUCUAUCUAUCUAUCUAUCUAUUCUCAUCCUCAACCUGGGGCCAGCUUGCAUUUCCAACAUCAAUAGUUACUUAUCCCUUCCCCGACAUCCAUUCUACCCACUCAAAUUUCCCUUUAUUUUUCAUUUCUUUUUCUUUAUUUCAGAUUCUAGUCUGACCCUUUGGCAACAAGAGACUGUUGUGAUGGAGUCUCUCCAACAUGGCUUCCUACUGUGA